AUGGGCUCUUUUGCUUUUGCUUUUGACACGGGCGUCAUCAGUGGGGUACUUUCAAUGACCCCAUUCGAGGAAGACUUCAGAUACAGUCAUUAUACAAAAGCGCAGAAAACAACGGUCAACUCGAAUGCAGUCUCUAUUCUCCAAGGCGGGGCCUUUUUUGGAUGCUUCCUCAUUUCCCCAGUUGCCUCUUAUCUGGGUCGUCGCACAGGUCUGAUCAUCAGCUCCCUUAUUUUCACCCUUGGUACAAUCUUGCAAGUCAUCAACACGCAUACUCUGGGUACUUUCUAUGCUGGUCGUGUGAUCGCUGGCUUGGGCAUCGGCGCCGCAACCGUCUUGAUCCCGAUGUUCGCAGCUGAAAUGUCUCCCAAGGAGUUCCGGGGCCGACUGGGAGCCUGUUUCCAGCUUUUCUUUGCCCUCGGGGUUAUGAUAGCUUACUGGACCACAUACGCGGUCAGUAAAGAUCAGGCUCCGGGUACUAGCCAAUGGCAGACAGCUCUGGGGCUGCAGCUGUUGGGUUCAACUCUGCUGCUCGUUGGAAUGUGCACCGUAAAAGAGAGCGCGCGUUGGUUAGCAUCAAAGGGAAAGUUGGAGAAGGCACGCGAGUCAUUGAAGUGGGUACGUGGUGGCGAAGAGACAGAAGAGCUGGAGAAAGAAUUCCAGGAGAUUGUGGCUGGCAUUGAUGAAGAGGCUCGUGUCAAGGAGAACCUCACAUUCAAAGAGCUGUUUCUACCAGCGAACCGAUAUCGGCUUUUCAUAGCUAUUACAAUCCAGCUCUCGGCCCAGCUGACGGGGAAUACCUCUCUCGCUUACUAUGCCACUCAAAUAUUUUCGGCCGUCGGGGCAGGUAGUUCUGCCAAACUCGUCACCGGGUGCUUUGGUAUUGUCAAGGUUGUUGGCGUCCUCACAUUUCAGCUCCUCAUUCUAGAUCGUGUUGGUCGUCGAGUUCCUUUUAUGGCUGGGGCCUUCGCCAUGGGCUCUUUCAUGCUCAUCAUCGCCUGCAUCCUGGCUACUCUUCCAGUCAGCUCCAAUACUACCUCGUCAGGCCCCACCUCGGCCGGCAUUGCCUGUAUUAUUAUGACCUAUGCAGAGGCGUUCAGCUAUAAUAUGUCGUGGGGACCUCUGCCAUGGCUCUACGUUGGAGAAAUAUUCUCGAGUCGCACACGAGAGGUUGGCCUGACAGUUGGGGCAGCAUCACAGUGGCUUUUCAAUUUCAUGAUGUCCCAGGUGACCCCACACGCCAUAACUAAUAUCAAAUGGCGGAUGUUUUUGAUGUUUGCCAUUUUCAACUACGCUAUCGUUGGGUACUCCUGGCUGGUUCUCAAGGAGCACUCAUUGGAAGAGAUGCAGGAGGUCUUCGGUGGCAAAACCGCGGAGGAAAAAAAGCUUGAGGCUUUAGAACAUGCGGAGCAUGUGGGUCAAGAGGCCAAGAGCCGGUCGAUUCCAGAAACAGUACAGCCAGUGUCACCGCUGACCAACCGGCCUGCAAAAGAGUAA